CGGUGCAGGGAGCUGGGCGGAUCGGGCCCCCGGCCCACUUUGCACGCUCCCCAGGCACGGCGGGCGUGAUGAUCUCUCUGAGCCGCAUCCUCACGAAGCUACUGCUGCCCGACGAGUGCGCCAGCACGCUCAUCUUCUUCCUGGUGUCGGUGGCGCUGGAGCUGCUGUGCUUCCUGCUGCACCUGUUAGUGCGGCGCAGCCGCUUCGUGCUCUUCUAUACCACACGGCCGCGCGACAGCCGCUGGGGCAGGCCAGGCCCGGGCAGGGGCUCUGGCUACCGCGUGCACCACGACGUUGUCGCCGGGGACGUCCACUUCGAGCACCCAGCCCCGGCCCUGGCCCCCGACGGGUCCCCAAAGGACAGCCCAGCCCACGAGGUGACCAGCAGCAGCGGGGCCUACAUGCGCUUUCAUGUGCCGUGGCCAAGGGUCCAGCGCAGCUGGCCCACCUUCAGAGCCCUGUUUCUGCAUCACUACGUGGUGGCGUGGGUGAUCUGGGCCGACAUGCUCCCCAUCGCCGUGACCUACUUCAUGACGCUGUGCCUGUUCCCCGGCCUCGAGUCUGAGAUCCGCCACUGCAUCCUGGGCGAGUGGCUGCCCAUCCUCAUCAUGGCUGUGUUCAACCUGUCAGACUUCGUGGGUAAGAUCCUGGCAGCCCUGCCCGUGGACUGGCAGGGCACCCACCUGCUGGCCUGCUCCUGCCUGCGUGUGGUCUUCAUCCCCCUCUUCAUCCUGUGCGUCUACCCCAGCGGCAUGCCCGCCCUCCGCCACCCCGCCUGGCCCUGCAUUUUCUCACUGCUCAUGGUCAUCAGCAACGGCUACUUUGGCAGCGUGCCCAUGAUCCUGGCGGCAGGCAAAGUGAGCCCCAAGCAGCGGGAGCUGGCAGGGAACACCAUGACCGUGUCCUACAUGUCAGGGCUGACACUGGGGUCCGCCGUGGCCUACUGCACCUACAGCCUCACCCGCGAUGCCCAUGGCAGCUGCCUGCACGCCUCCACCGCCAAUGGCUCCAUCCUCGCAGGCCUCUGAGCCAGCCCCGCCCACUGCCAGGGACGCCGAGGGCCUGACCAGGGGCCCCGAGGCCUGAGGGCCCCUCCCCUGUCCUCACCUCAGUGCCUGCGGGGCCCUGAGCCUCCCCCUGUGCCAGCAGCACCACUCCCUCAGGGUCCAGCCAUCCCCGACCCUGGACUGAAGUUCUGCAAAGUCCUUCGAGGACCUGAACACGUUACUGCGACCCGGGGCUCUGGCCAGCACUGCGUUCUGUGUUUGGUCUCAUACCUGUGUCUACCUUCCAUCUGUGUCCAGCAGCCCCAGCUCCAGCCCAGCUAGCACUCUGCAGGGUCACACGCACCGUGUCCCCACCCAGGACAGCGGACAGCCGCCAGAGUGUGCGCGCCCAGUGACUGCACCUCGGCCCUCAUCACCCGCUGGCACUGAUCGGGGCACCACCUGGCCCAGCCUCCACCAGGGACCCAUCCUCAUGAACCCUGGAGCCCUGAGAGGAGACGGGCAGCCCCCCACCUUGUCACCCUCAGGGCUUCCCCUUCUGUCUUCAUUCUUAGAGACUGCUUCUCCCAAACAAAACGUGUUAGCCAUGAAGGAGCCGGAGCCCUGGGUCCGAAUGGACCCACCUGCGGUCUGCGUCAGCCUC